AUGAACGAACCGGACCCCACACUACCCGACGAAAUUCGGGAAAAACUGGCCGAAUUGGAGUUGGAAUUGAGUGAGGGGGAUAUCACGAAGAAGGGAUACGAUAAGAAACGGGAUGCGUUGCUGGCACCGUUUAAGACAACACAGAAUACUGUAAUUGCCCUCCAACCAUCGGACCCACCAGCAGCAUCACCGAAUUCCCGAUCGAUGCGACGGAAUCAGAGACGGGUGACACGAGACGAGGAUAGAUAUCAUUCGGAAAUCCGUGUGGAAGCAGUGCAUCAAGCGUUAGCCGAGUAUUCAGACGGUCGAAAACUCGGCCAGCAACCAGUGAAACCGCAUCGAAGGAAUGGGACAUCAGUUAGUAGAUCAAAUACACACAAGAGUAAACGAUCGAUAUUUAAUGGUGGUGGUGGAGGAGGAAGGAUGAUGUCGGAAUGGGCGGUUCUAAAUCGUCCUAGUUGUAGAAUGACCAGGCGGUUCCAAUGUGUACCAGUUAUAAAACGGGCGGUUCGAGAAUAG